AUGGACUUCUUUAAUGGAAAAGGAACAGGCGAGAAGCUCCGAACCAUUGGUAACCAUACCUUCACAUGGACAGACCAGCACAUCCCCAAAUCCCACACAGAUCCUCUACGCUACCAGUGUGACGAACUCGGCGCUGCUGCUGUGAGUGAGAUCCAAGAUAUCCAUGAACAACUCAGACAAGAUGGAAAAUAUGUCAGCAGAGCAGAUCUCUUUGAUACUCUACAUCACUACCACGACAAGAAUGAAGUUCUUUCUCAGCUCUGGGACGAGAUUCAUACCGUCCCAUCUUGGGUCGACUGGGACCAGAUUGCCCGAGGACAGCGAUUCUUCUACCGCUACGCCUUGGCAAAUCUCAUUGGGUUUGCUUUCCAGGGCUUUGUGGGAGAGAAUUCUGCUUCGACCAGUGUGGUAGAAGUACUCGCUCGUACCGGGGGUUUCAGCACCCGCGUAUUGCGCCGACGUCUCUUAGAGACGUUCCAAAUGGUCCUCCAAGUUACCCACUCCCUUGAACACGUUCAGCCUGGUGGAGAAGGGCAUAUCUCUAUUGUGCGGGUGCGUUCGCUGCACUCCAUGGUGAGACAGCAGAUUCUCAAAGUGGCUGCAUCUAAGUGCCGGUUCUUUGACCAGGAUACUCAUGGCAUUCCCAUCAAUAUCUUGGACUCUAUCCACGCUAUUGCCACGUUCAGCUGCAAUCAUGCAUGGCUGCAGCUCCCAGUCAUGGGAAUCACACCCGACCCACAAGAGGUUGAGGAUUACAUCGCCCUAUGGCGAUAUGUGGCACAUGUGAUUGGAGCACCUCAGGAGUACUUCACAUCAGCAACAAAGGCCAAGGCAGUCAUGGAAAGCUUAGCGUACAACGAGCUUCUUGUGACGCCAACUUCUGUUGUUAUUGGUUACAACUUCGUCGAGGCCCUCAAGGAUCUCCAUCCUAUGAACAUCUCGGAUGGGUUCAUUCAAGCCGCUAGUCGUGUCUUGAACGGUCACGAGAUCUGCGACCAGCUCGGCAUGGGACGACCCAGUUGGUAUGCAUAUGCUUGCUUCAAAGGCCAUUGUUGGUUGGUAAAGACCCUGGCGUGUUUGCAGCAGAAGAUCCCUUCCUUCGAUGACAAGAUGGUUCAGCUGUGUAGGGAUGGACUGCAUAGCGCUAUUAUCCACAGUAGCCAAGGCCUCGGAGGUGGUUCCAAGCUUGAUUUCAAGUAUGUCCCGGAUGGAAGGAUACAGGGGAAGGAGAGGAACGAUCGGGUGGAGGGAAAACUGUGGUUCUUUGAAAGACCCCUGGAGUUUAUGUAUUUUUGCUUCUUUACUAUCGGCUGUUUUGUAGUGUUCGGAUGCCUUCUUGGCAUGGCUCAGAUAGUUGCCCUCGGCACUCUUGGGUCUCAGUAG